GAUCCCUCCGCCGCCUCUGUCUUCGGCGGCGGAGGUGCGGCCACAUCCAUCCAUCCAUCAACCCAUCGUCCGUCAGCAUGUUGGGCGGCGGCAGAGAGGGAGUGAGGGAGGUGGGGCGAGGCUGGUGGUGUUGAGGUUGUAUGUGGACGUCUAUCUGGGAAUAUGCAUGUGUCUUGCUUGGAUGGUAGUCUUUUCCAGUAACCCCCCGGCCCAACGUCCCUCCCUUUCGUGCAUCGGAGCGACAGCAAUCAGUCACCAGCUCUCUCACUCAUGGAUUGCACACAUUCGCUCAGACAAACAGACAAACAAACACAAAUAUCAACCAGUCCGCCAGACUCUCAGACUCUGCUGCCUGCUCCUUCCUGUCUUUUCCGUCCACUCAGCAGUCGAGGGCGUAACGCGAUGAUGAGGCGCCAAACUCGCUCACAAACUGAUACACACGUGAUACGAGGCAGGAGACAUGCAGUGGGCACCGUGUUCGACAUCAUGGGGUGUGUGUGUUUGCGGUUUGUGUGCUUACGUCUCCGUAUGAGACGCGUCCAUUUUUGCUCUUGUCGAGUCGGUUGAUGAGGGCCAGCAGGUCCCUCUCCGUCACGGCAACACCGUAAUUGCGCAGCGCAUUCCUGAGCUCGUCGAUGGUCAGGUAGCCAUCCUGAUCGCUGCACUCAUAAGAUAAGGACAAAGGUUAUCCAAGUAAGUAUCUGUGCAUCCAGGUGUUGCGUACGCGUCGAUGGCUUUGAAUGCCUCAAAGAGGUCGAUGCCACGCAGAGACGAACGGUGGGACUCGGCUGUCAUCUCAGCCUGCAAUCGGCCAGAUAGACAUGGAAGAUCACAUCACAUCACACAUGCAAGGUAAGAGGUGGCUGCCAGUGGCGUGUCUGUGUGUCUGUCUGUCUUGCUGGCCUGCCUGCAUCAGUUGUCUGAAUGUCUGUCCGAUGAGUGCCCUCGUGUCGAGAGCAAACCACUGCGGCCCCGACACCUCAAGAGGGGAUCGGUGGGCCGGCAUGCGGUUGGCGAGCAUCUCGGCAUAGUGGGGAUCGUGGGGCAAGAACGCGUCGGCCAAAUCGGAAUAGCGGAGCCUACACACGCAUCGCAUCGCAUCCACAGACAGCAACCGAUGACUGACCAUCGGUUUUCGCCGUCCCUUCCACCCACCCGAGUCAGUCAGUGUUACGUUACCUACCUGCCGUCUCCCCCCUUAACGUAUCGUUUGAGCAGCAUGUCGACCUCGCAGUUGGUCGGGUACACGCCCACCACGCGCAUGCCCUCCGUCACCUCGUACCGACUGACGCUGCCGCGGCCACACUUGUCCAGCAGCUUGUAAAAAUCCAACAAGUUGAAGUCAGACCUGCACACAACACAUCAACAUGGCCACCAACCAGCGGAUGGAUGCACGGUCUAGUCUCAUCUAGAUAAUCACCUGAGAGCCAGGUCCUGUCUGGUCCGCUCCAGCUCCCUAUCGGCGAUGAUCUGGUCCCGUAGCACAGCCGUCACCUGCCGCACGUCAGCCAUGCGGCAGGGCGGCACCAGCGGACACGUGGGCACUGGCGACGAGUACCGGAGGGCGCUGUAGGUCUGCGCCGGCUGGGUGUAGGACAGAGGCGGCGUGGCCCGGAGAGGGGGCGACCCGCCCGCCGCCCUUGUGCCAGCGUAGGAGGGAGCCGACUUGGACAGCACGGGGGCGGGUGGCGGCGCCCUGUCUUGCUCGGGCGAGGGGGAGCGCUGAGACCAAAGACGCGGAUGGAUGGAUGAGACACACAGCAAUGAGACAUUCGCGUGGUCCGUACGAUUUCAAGUUCACUCACCACUCGGGCUCCUUCCUCUGCCUCCUCUUCCUCCUUCUCCAGCUCACGACCUCGACGCGCAGGCGGCAAAGGCUCAGGCCGCCUGCACAAGACAGACAAGACACAUGCAUGCAACGAAGGCAAUCCGUCAUGCCUUCUCUCUGCCGCGUCGGUGCACACCCACUCGAUGUCUUCCUGCAUUCGGUAGGGGUACGGUGCGCUGACGGCCAUGCUCACGGCGCUGCCCUCAGGCGGUGGCGGCGGUGGCAGGGGUGUGGGUCGAGCAGGCAUGCUUCGUUCUAGCGGCACGCGGGGCUCGGGCGUCUUGACGCGACGGGCCAUGGCACUGCUCAGGAGGGGGGAACGGUCGCGGUCAGCAUAAUCAGCGUAGGCACUGCGGAGAGGGCUCACACCACGGCGAGGGGAGAUGCUGAUAGAAGAGAGACACGAACAGACAGACGUCAGGUGAGUGCACAGAUCAGAUGGACAUAGCGAUGUGUAGUGUACCCCAGUUUGGAUUGGAGCAGAAGUUUCUCCUCGUGGCGUCGCUCGCGGUCGACUCGUGAGUAGGUGAGCGGGGGGGCCUUGAAGCACGACAGGGGGCACUCAGUGGUGCGGGUGGUGGGCAGCACGGCAUCCACAAACUCAACGUACGACAAACGGUCAUCCUGAUCUCUGCAAAGUUCCACCAGCCGAGACAGGCAGCUGUCUGUGGUCUCCCUGCAUGGUUGUCUGUCUGUCUGUUUGUCUGUCUGUCUGCGUACCGGUCGAGCCUUCUGAAGAGACUCUUGAUGUCCAGAGGGAGGCUGUCGAGGGCGUACUCACGAUACACGCGGUCCAGACCCUCUGAGAAAGAAGGCGUGGGCAACCACAGAGAGCGAAAUGGUGAAAUGCAGAAGCCAGCAUGUGCCGUCCUCCUUCGGCAUUCACCGGGUGUGAGGUAUCCCUGUUGGAAUCUGUCCAGGAAUCUGAAGGCGUCCAGCAGGUUGAAGUCGUAGCGGCUGAACAGCACACGACGACGCACCUCCAAAUCACGAUACACCUGCACAUGCGCAUAUGAAUGCCAUAAGCGGCUGGCUGCUUUGUGUUGCAGUGUUGUCCGUGCAUUGCCUACGCAUAGCUCUCGGUGCAGGAGUGCGCCCAAUGUGCGUUCUGCGUCGGGGGCCAGCCGCAUUGGCAGGGCGUAGCGGCUGCGCCCGGUGGCCAACGAACGAAGCACCACAUCCUGCAUGAGCAAUGACAGACCCACCAGCACAGAGUGGCGUGUGAGCUUCUGUUGCAUCCCUGUCUCACCGAGGGCAGGAUGGCGUCCAGAAACCUGUAGAGACAUGAGAUGACGAGAGAUACGUGGCAGGGAGACAUGCUGCCAGCUUACUCAGCGUAUGAGACGCGGCCGUCCCCGUCCCUGUCGAAGUGUCUGACCAGAUGGAAUAUCUCCGACUCAGCAUUCACGCGCUCAACGUGAUCCAGGAAAUACAGGAAGUCGCUGCCUGCGCACAUACACACACGCACAUUAAUGCAGCAACCACAGCAGAAGCUUCUCUCCCGUCUGGUUUGGUUGGCCUGCCUGAGUCACAUACUUGUGAGCGAUCCGUUUUGGAAUCUGUCGAGGAGGCAGAAUGCGGCGUAGGGCUCGAAGGUGGAGCACUCGGCCAACCGACACCGGAAGCCCUCAACCUGACAACAAGACCACAACUCCGACAGAGCAUCCACUCAUCACCUCCCUCCCCGUAGAGAAGCGAAAAGGAGCCCCCUAGGCUGUCUCUUUGUCUCGUCCACUUCUGACAGUGUGUCUUCCUGCCCUCCCCCCUCACGUAUCGCCUCCCUACCUCCUGUUCGGCCUCCCCGACGGCCUUGAGGAAGCGCAGCAGAGAAAACUCCGACUCACGACUCAACGCCAUCUUCCAGGGGCAAUGGAAUUCAGGUGGGCGGAUACGGACGCCUCACUUCUCAGCACAAGCACAAAGUGGCCGGCCACAGGACCGGACAGUUGGCUGCCUCCGAGAUGUAUGGUGGAUGGAUGGAUGUUCCCUGUAUGGUGGAUGGAAGGGAAUGCGCCCGGGGGACCUCGUUGACGAGCUGGUGAACUCAGGCAGCGGGAAAUGCGAUAGAGGGCGGGGAAAGACGG